GAAUAAUAAUACCCUUUUAUUUUUUUUUUCUCCUAUAAAAACCCAACCCAUAAUUUCUUUUCCCUCCAUAACUUUACUUCAUUUGCACAAGUUAAUCAUUAUUCCACUAAUUCCAGAAAAAAAUGAUGAACUUCCUUCUGCAUUUUCUGAUACUAUGUAUUUUCAUUUCUUCACAAUUUGCUACCAUUAUCAUUGCACAUCCUCAAGGAUUAGAAACUUCCCUUUUAAACAAAAGAACAUCAAAAACAACAAUGCAAUUUGAAGCAAUGUACCAAUUCGGUGACUCGCUUUCCGACACCGGAAACUUAGUCCGGGAACCUACCGGAGCAAAAUCCGCUUUCGCCAGACUUCCUUACGGCCAAACAUACUUCCAUCGGCCCACCGGUCGGUGCUCCGAUGGACUUCUAAUGGUGGAUUAUUUUGCAAUGUACUUCAACCUACCAUUUCUAAACCCAUAUCUUGCAAGAGGAAGUGACUUCUCCAAAGGUGCCAACUUCGCGGUGGCCGGCGCGACUGCUCUUGAUGCCUCUGCUUUGGGUGCACGAAAUGUAACACUUCCUCUUACAAACACCUCCUUGGGUAGACAACUUCAAUGGUUUAAGUCUCUACUCCACUCUACUUUCUCUAAUACAAAAGAAAUCAAAAGAAAACUACAAAAGGCUCUGGUUCUGAUGGGAGAAAUCGGAGGAAAUGACUACAAUUUUGCUUUCUUUCAAGGCAAAACCUUGGAAGAAGUUUAUCAACUUGUACCUCAGGUUGUCAAAACCAUCAAAGAUGCAGUCCAGGAAGUGAUCAAUCUCGGAGCAACUAACAUUGUGGUUCCAGGAAAUUUCCCCAUUGGUUGUGUACCUCUAUAUCUCGUCAAAUUCGAAACUUACGAUGAAUCAAAGUAUGAUGAAUAUCAAUGUCUAAAAGACUACAAUGAGUUUUCAAAGUACCACAACCAACUUUUGGUAGAAGCAAUUCAAGAGUUGCAACAAGAGAAUCCAAAUGUUGCCAUUGUUUAUGGAGACUACUACUAUGCCUUGACAUGGGUCAUUAGCCAUGCUCCUGUGUUAGGCUUUGAACGAGGUGGAUCAACUAAGGCUUGUUGUGCAAUUGGCAACAAUCCAUACAAUUAUGAUCUAAAAAAGAGUUGUGGAAGUCCGGGAGUCCCAAUAUGUGAAGAUCCCAGUAAAACGGUAAAUUGGGAUGGAAUUCAUAUGACUCAAGAGGGAAACAAAAACGUUGCUAGAUGGUUAUUAACAAAUUUCGUUCCUCCUCUUCAAAGACAUUUUCAUCCUUAAAUUUGUAAUUAUAUUAAUUACAAUGUAACAUUUGAUGCUACUAAUUACAUUACUCUCUCUGUCUCUUAUAAAUUUGUCGCAUUAGGCAAAUCAAAGUAUAGAAAUUAUAUUCCUAGAAAAAUGUCAAUUGAGACCCUCCUUUUAAGCUCGUAAGACAUUAUGUCUAAUUAAAGCGAAAAUCAAAACUUAUUUUAA